CUUUACAGAUACAAUACUUAUUGAAAUCCUUUAUGCUUUUGGUUGUGUGACGUGCAAUUUGUCAUAAUGGAUGACCGUGAUAAUCCGGAUGAGACUGACGAUACGUUUGACGGAAGAGACGCAACUAUCUUUUUAGUGGAUGCAUCGACUCCAAUGUUCGAGAAAACUUCUCCAUCUGCUGAUGGCAUAGAAGCUAAAGAUGAUUGCCCCUUCAUUCUAGCAAUCAGGUGUGCCUUCAAUACUUUGCGAAACAAAAUUUUUACUGCUCCUCAUGACUCUGUUGCCAUUGUUCUAUUUGGAACUAAAAAAACAAAACCAAAUGAAAAAUAUGGAGUGUAUUCCAACACAUAUCUGUUGCAAGAUUUGCAAAAACCUGACUGUAAUGCUAUCAUACAGUUAGAUGACAUGCUGAAUAAGGAUGGUGGGAUUGAUGAAUAUGUAUAUGCAGAAGAUCAACAGUCCAUCUCUUUGGCAGAUGCUCUAUGGCUGUGCAGCUCAAUAUUUUCAAAACAUAAAUCAAAGAAGGAUAACAAACAGAUUUUCUUGUUUACCAAUAAUGAUGAGCCACACUCAAAAUUUUCCAACAAGCAAAAACAAGCAGAAAAACGGAUUGGAGACCUUCAGGAUGGUAACGUCACGAUAUUCCUUUUCCCGAUCGGAGAAGCAUUUGACACCUCUAAGGUUUAUCAGGAGUUGCUGCUGUCGAAUGAGAAUGGCAGUAUUCUCUCUGGCAGCAUGACAGCUGAUGAACUGCUUUCAAAAACAUGUCGAAAAGGCCAGAAGAAAAGGCCUGUUGCAAAUUUGGUCUUUAAUCUUGAUUCUAACACAAAGUUUGCAGUCAAGCUGUACAAUUUAAUAAGACCCGCCCCCACACCCAAACGUAUGCAAUUGGAUAAGAGAACAAACGAAAUAGUGAAAUCAGUUACUACCAAAUUUAAUGCUGAAACGGCUGAGACGCUUUUACCAAGUGAGCUAAUGAAGUGUACGACUGUGUGCGGUGAAAAAGUUCGUUUGGACAAAAAUGACCUAACAAGCUUAAAAUCGAAGUUUGCAGUUGGAUUCACAUUGCUUGGGUUCAAGCCUAUUGAGAAACUCAAAUUUCAUUUGUACCUAAGCCCUGCCAGUUUCAUUUAUCCUGAUGAAGACCUAAUCAAAGGAAGUCGCGUUCUAUUUGGAGUUUUGAUGGAUCGGUGUCGAAUAAGAGGCUUUACUCCGUUGUGCAUUUUGAAAAGCACAGCAGCGACAAAACCUCGCAUUGUAGCUUUGUUGCCUCAUGCCGAAGAAGAUCCAGAACAGCCAUCGGUGUUCGGUUUUCACGUAAUAUAUUUACCAUUCCUAAAUGAUGUUCGGAAAUUCAAUUAUGGCGACUUGGUGGGAUCCACGCCUGUACUGAAAGAAGAUCGCAAAUACAUAACAGAAGUAUGGAGAGCUGACAGAGACCAGAUAGAUGCGGCGGUGGCGAUUGUAAAAAAGUUGUCAAGUAAAACAAGUUAUACUCCAGCGCAAUUCGAAGAUCCUGCUCUUCAUACUAAAUGGAAUACCUUGGAAGGAUUGGCGCUGGGUCGGGAAGAUGUUGAAAGCGUCGAUGAUUUGGCGUUACCAGAUUGCGAUUGCAUAGACAGAAGACUUGGCCAACGAUCAACAAUAUUUAACGAUCUUGUUUUGCCUCUUGGCUAUCAACCGCAACACUCGCAACCCUCGGCUUUGACACCGAGAGACCCACAACACGAAGCUACUGUUGAAGAUGCUGCGAGGAAUGGAUGGCUUGAUAAACUGAAGGUUGACAUCCUAAAAGGUUAUCUUUCGAAUCAAGGAGUACAUGGUGUAAGUAAAAUGAAAAAAGCUGAGUGCGUACAAAACAUUAAGAUACACCUGAAUUUGAAAUGAACUUCAGUCUCCCUUGUAUGAAGAUAUUCCAUAUUGAAAGUGAAAUUACAUGAUUAUAAUUUAGCAAUCAA